UGCGAAAUUCGAUAAAUAUAGAAUUCGGCGUACGUUUGGUGGCUUAUUCAAUUUCCAGCUAGUGUUCUGCGUUGCAGGAGGUGCUGUUUACGAAAAAGUGCAUUCGAUUCGAUUCUGAAUUGAAUAUCGUCGAGAAACCUGCACUAGGACUAUUAUUAGAUCUACCUUGGGGCUUCUACCGGAGAAUUUCAUUCAAAAAAUACCCUUUCCUCAUUCCACUAAGAACCGUUUGUAUACAAUUUAGUUCGGCUCUAUGGCUUCCGAGCCGUGGCUGCCGCCACCUAAACAAGGUCUUUACGACCCUCAACUUGAAAAAGAAGCUUGCGGCGUUGGAUUUAUUGCCGCUAUCGAUGGAAAACGUACCAAUAAGAUUAUUGUGGACGCUCAGCGUCUUUCCACUGCUAUGAACCAUCGUGGAGCUUGCGCUUGCGAUAAUGAUACAGGAGAUGGUGCUGGAAUUCUUUCGGCAAUUCCACAUGAAUUAUAUUCAGCUAAUUUAAAAGAUUCCUAUGGUGUUCAAUUACCACCUUUGGGUCACUAUGCAACGGGAAUUUUCUAUUUGGAUAAACUUCAUCAUCAAGAAUCGGAAGAAAAAUUUGCUGCUCUUGCUAAAGAUCUUGGAAUGUCGGUUCUCGCUUGGAGAACUGUUCCAACAGAUAGUUCAUCGAUUGGAACUGUUGCGAGAAAUUCCGAGCCGUUCAUGAGACAAGUUUUUGUUGUUCCUGCUAACACGGAAGUUCCAGAGGAUGUAUUAGAUACUCAAUUCUUCGUAUUACGAAAACGAGCUACUCAUUUGAUUCCAUCACCUGGAAAACGUUUCUACAUUUGUUCGCUAAGCAGAAGGAUAAUUGUUUACAAAGGACAAUUAACGUCGGAUCAAUUAUGGUUGUACUUUCCUGAUCUGUUGGAUCCGCUCUUUGUGACAUAUUUGGCUUUGGUGCAUACCAGGUUUUCAACGAAUACGUUUCCGAGCUGGGAAAGAGCUCAUCCUUUAAGAAUGUUGGCUCAUAAUGGAGAGAUUAACACUUUACGUGGUAAUGUUAAUUUUAUGAAAGCCAGGGAAGGUGUUAUGAAGAGUGAUAUUUUCAAAGAAAACUUACAAAAUUUAUAUCCAGUUGUUGAACCUAACUUAUCAGAUAGUGGUUCAGCUGAUUGUGUGUUAGAAUUUUUGGUACAUGCGGGAAAAAGAUCUUUACCAGAAGCUGUUAUGACGAUGGUACCAGAAGCUUGGCAAAAUGAUCCAACAAUGUCCAGUGAUAAACGUGAUUAUUACAAAUGGGCUGCAUGUUGUAUGGAACCAUGGGAUGGACCAGCUUUGAUUUCAUUCACAGAUGGUCGCUAUGUUGGCGCGAUUUUAGAUAGAAACGGUUUAAGACCAUCUCGAUUUUAUAUCACGAAAGAUAACGUUAUGGUUAUGGCCAGCGAGGUGGGAGUUUACGAUGUUGCACCUGAAAAUGUCAUCUUUAAAAGUCGUCUAAAACCGGGACGAAUGUUACUUAUUGACACCGUCGAGAAGAAAGUGAUACAAGAUAUUGAAUUGAAAAAAAAUAUUGCUCAUGCAAGACCUCAUUCAAUUUGGCUAAAAGAGCAGACGAUUACAAUGGAAGAGCUUCGCCAAGCUCAUUUAACAUCUGGAAAUCCAAUAAAAGCACCAUAUCAACCAAGUGGAUUAGAUGAUAAAAGACUUUCACUGUUUGGGUAUUCAACAGAGGGAAUUCAAAUGUUACUUCUUCCAAUGAUUAAUAACAAGAAAGAAGCUUUGGGAAGUAUGGGAAACGACGCCCCAUUAGCUUGUUUAUCCCAAUUCCAACCACUCCUUUAUGAUUACUUUAAACAACUUUUCGCGCAAGUUACCAACCCACCAAUAGAUCCUUUCAGGGAAAAAGUCGUCAUGUCGCUUCAAUGUCCAAUUGGUCCUGAAUCGAAUAUUUUAGAACCAUCCUCAAAACAAGUCCAUCGCCUUUGGCUUCAACAACCGAUUCUUUCAAUAUCCGAUUUAGAAGUUUUAAAAUUAACUUCCCACCGCAAUUGGUCGUGUCAAGUAAUUGAUAUUACCUACGACGCUUUUGAAGGACCGCCAGGUUUAAAAACGCGUUUAGAUCAAAUUUGUUUAGAGUCGGAAAAAGCCAGCAAGAAAAAUGAAAUUUUAAUCUUAUCAGAUCGACAAGCCGGGGAAGAACGAGUACCCAUAAGCAGUCUUUUAGCUUUAGGCGCCGUUCAUCAUCACUUAAUUGAAACUAGAAAUCGUAUGAAAGUUGCGUUAGUAAUUGAAUCUGGCGAACCAAGAGAAGUCCAUCACAUCUGCGUUCUUCUUGGUUAUGGUGCAGACGCAAUUUGUCCUUAUUUAGCUUUAGAAUUAGCGUCAAGUUUAAGAGAUACCGGCGUUUUAGAUGGUGGUUUCACCGACGAGAUUAUCUAUCAAAAUUACGCCCAAGCUAUGCAAACCGGAAUUAGCAAAGUUAUGGCUAAAAUGGGAAUUUCAACGUUACAAUCUUAUAAGGGAGCUCAAAUUUUUGAAGCGAUUGGUUUGGGGGAGGAUAUUAUUGAUAAAUGUUUUAAAGGUACACCUUCUCGAGUUGGAGGUCUUCCUAUGGAUAUGUUGGCUAUUGAAAUUUAUGAACGACAUAGAAAUACUUAUAAAAAACAACCGGAUACUUUAGUUUUAAAAGAUAUUGGGGUGUAUCAUUAUAGAACAGGUGGAGAAAAACAUAUUAAUGAUCCUGCUAGUAUUGCGUCUCUUCAAGAAGCAGCAUCAUCUAAAAGUCAAAACGCUUAUGAUAAAUUUAGAGAAGCAACAAUGGCUGCAGUAAGAAGUUGCCUUCUUCGAGGUAGAUUAGAACUAAGAACUUUAGAUCAACCUUUACCACUUUCAGAAAUAGAACCGGCCUCCGAAAUUGUUAAAAGAUUCAACACUGGCGCGAUGAGUUUUGGUUCUAUCAGCAUGGAAUCCCAUUCAGCUUUAGCUGUAGCUAUGAAUAAAAUUGGUGGAAAAAGUAAUACAGGUGAAGGUGGCGAAGAUCCAGCUCGUUAUUUAGAUUCGCAAAGACGUUCGGCAAUUAAACAAGUUGCUUCGGGUCGUUUCGGCGUAACAUCGUCCUAUUUAGCCCACGCCGAUGAUUUACAAAUAAAAAUGGCGCAGGGUGCUAAACCUGGUGAAGGUGGCGAACUCCCCGGUUUUAAAGUAUCGGCGGAAAUUGCGAAGAUGCGUCAUUCCGUUCCUGGGGUUGGUUUGAUUUCGCCUCCACCUCACCACGAUAUUUAUUCAAUUGAAGAUUUAGCCGAACUGAUUUACGAUUUAAAAUGCGCCAAUCCUAUGGCGAGAAUUUCCGUUAAAUUAGUUUCUGAGGUUGGAGUUGGUGUUGUUGCUUCUGGAGUUGCUAAAGGAAAAGCUGAACAUAUCGUUGUUUCCGGGCAAGAAGGUGGGACUGGAGCUAGUUCUUGGACUGGUAUUAAAAAUGCUGGGUUACCUUGGGAAUUGGGGGUUGCAGAAACUCAUCAGGUGUUAGUUUUGAACAAUCUAAGAUCUAGGAUUGUUUUACAAGCUGAUGGAAAUAUCAGAACAGGUUUCGAUGUAAUUGUUGCUGCUAUAUUAGGAGCAGAUGAAAUGGGUUUUAGCACUGCCCCACUAAUUGCUAUGGGAUGCACAAUGAUGCGAAAAUGCCAUUUAAACACUUGCCCAGUUGGAAUAGCCACGCAAGAUCCGAUUCUUCGCAAAAAAUUCACUGGUCAACCGGAACACGUCAUCAAUUACUUCUUUAUGUUAGCGGAAGAAGUUCGAUUACACAUGGCUGCUAUAGGUGUUCGGAAUUUCCAACAAUUAAUUGGACGAACGGAUCUUUUAAAACCCCUCGAAUCCGGAAGUAACAAAGCGAGAUGUCUCAACUUAAACAUGAUCUUACAAAAUGCUCUUCAUAUGCGACCUGGAGUUAAUAUCGUCGGGGGUUCAGAACGUCAAGAUUUUCAAUUAGAACAACGAUUAGAUAACGAAUUAAUCAAAAAUUGUCAAGAAAUCAUUGAUGGAACUAAAAAGGAAGUUAAAAUCAAUCUUAAAAUCACCAAUGAAUGUCGUGCUUUCGGCUCAACUUUAAGUUAUUAUAUUUCAAAGAAAUACAACGAAGAAGGAUUACCUGACGGUCAACGUAUUUUAAUAAAUCUAACUGGAAGUGCCGGCCAAAGUUUUUGUGCUUUCUUAGCGAAAGGAAUUACGUGUAUUUUAGAAGGUGAUGCGAAUGAUUAUGUCGGUAAAGGUUUAUCAGGAGGAGAAGUAAUUAUUUAUCCUCCAAAAGCAUCGCCGUUUGAAUCACAUUUAAACGUAAUCGUGGGUAAUGUUUGUUUAUAUGGCGCAACUUCCGGUAAAGCCUUCAUGCGGGGUAUCGCAUCAGAAAGGUUCGCUGUGCGAAAUUCUGGUGCGACAGCCGUUGUUGAAGGCGUCGGUGACCACGGUUGCGAAUACAUGACUGGAGGAACUGUUUUAAUUCUCGGAUUAACCGGAAGAAACUUCGCUGCGGGAAUGUCAGGUGGAAUUGCGUACGUUUGGGAUAUCGAUGGUUCAUUUUCAAUGAAAUGUAAUCCAGAAAUGGUCGAAUUAUGUAAAUUGGAAGAAAAAGAUGAUGUUAGUUUGGUUAAGGGAUUAUUAAAAGAGUUUAUCGAAAAAACCGGAAGUGUUCUCGCUGAGAAAUUAUUAAAUGAUUUUGAAACGUAUCGUUCUCAAUUCGUUAAAGUAUUCCCAUAUGAAUAUCAAAGAGCUUUGAAGAGUAUGAAACAAAUCGAAGAAAAUGGGGUUAAAACUAAUAACGUUGCAAAACCGGCCGUGAAUGGUUUUGAACCGAAAAUUCAGGAUAUUGAGGAUGUUAUUCCGGAUGGUGUUGUUGAACAAAAAAAAUUAGAUAAAAUUCGCGGGUUUAUGAAAUAUCCCAGAGAAACCGGACUUUAUCGUCCGGCUGAAAAGCGAUUGAAAGAUUGGGAUGAAAUUUAUAAUUUCACCCACGUGCGGAAAGGUUUACGUAUUCAAGCAGCUCGUUGUAUGGAUUGUGGCAUUCCAUUUUGUCAGUCGAAUAGUCAUGGUUGUCCGUUAGGUAAUAUUAUACCUAAAUGGAACCAUUUGGUUUAUCAAAAUAAUUGGAAGGAAGCUUUGGCCCAAUUACUUCAAACAAAUAAUUUCCCAGAAUUUACUGGACGUGUUUGUCCAGCACCAUGUGAAGCUGCUUGCGUUUUAGGCAUUUCAGAACCUAGCGUAACCAUUAAGAACAUCGAAUGCGCAAUUAUCGACCAUGCUUUUGAGCAAGGUUGGAUUAAACCACAACCACCAACUGUAAGAAGUGGAAAAACUGUUGCUGUUGUUGGUUCUGGCCCGGCUGGUUUAGCUUGUGCAGCACAAUUAAAUAAAGCUGGACAUUUAGUAACCGUUUUUGAAAGAAACGAUCGUAUUGGUGGUCUUUUAGAAUAUGGAAUUCCAACGAUGAAAUUAAGCAAAACCGUUGUGCAAAGGAGAGUUGAUUUAAUGGCAGCUGAAGGAGUUAUUUUUAAAACGAAUGUUAACGUAGGAAAAGAUAUUUCAGCAAAAGAAUUGAGUGAAGAAUACGAUGCGGUUGUUUUAUGUACUGGGGCUACAUGGCCUAGAGAUUUACCAAUCCCUGGGCGGCAAUUAGGUGGGAUACAUUUCGCGAUGGAAUUUUUAGAGUCUUGGCAAAAACGCCAAUUAGGUACAAACCAACCUGGUCCUCACGCUAAAGACAAAGAUGUCAUAGUAAUCGGAGGUGGCGACACCGGAUGUGAUUGCAUCGCAACGUCUUUAAGACAUGGUGCAAAAUCAAUAGUGACAUUUGAAAUUUUACCAGAACCGGGACCUAAACGUGGUAAAGAUAAUCCUUGGCCUCAAUGGCCGAGAAUUUUCAAAGUUGAUUAUGGACACGAAGAGGUUAAGAUUAGACACGGAAAAGAUCCUCGUGUUUUCAGCAUAAUGACGAAAGAAUUUAUUGAUGAUGGUAAAGGAAAUAUUAGUGGGAUUCGUACCGUGAAUAUCGAUUGGGAAAAAGAUGAUAGUGGCCGUUGGGAAAUGAAACAAAAACCGGAAACUGAGAAAGUUUAUCCCGCUGAUUUAAUACUUUUAGCGAUGGGAUUCUUAGGACCAGAACGAUCAAUUUCCGAUCAAUUAGAUUUAGAUUUGGAUGCUAGAUCGAAUUAUGAAACGAAUAAUUAUCGUACAAAUAUUAAUAAUGUUUUUGCAGCUGGAGAUUGUCGUAGAGGCCAAUCUUUAGUUGUUUGGGCAAUAUCAGAAGGUCGUCAAGCAGCACGAGCUGUCGAUGAAUUCUUUAAAGGUGAAUCAGCACUACCAGGUCCUGGAGGAAUAAUCCAACCAAAUCCAAACCCGGUUUUUUGCCCCGUUUAAAACCUAUCAAGUAUUAAAACUUUGAGAAUUUCUUUUUUAAAACUUUAAAUAUAGGAAUAAUCAACAAUAAUUCGAGAAAUUUUAAAAAAUCAAUACGUUUCGAGUCAGAUCUCUUUUUCUUUCUUAUUUUUUUAUACUUUUAAGAUUUUAAGUUUCCACGGAUCUGGUUUUAUACACAAACAAGCGUUGUGAUUAAAAAACGAAGAAAUUUUCCUUUUUAAUUUAAAAAAAUUUAAGAUCUUUGGAGUCUUUGUAUUUUAUGUGUUUAAGAAAGGUGUAGAUAGGCGAAAAUGUUGGCCGUGUUGAAUUCGAUUUUCAUCAUGGGGUUCUAGUUAAAACUUUUUGAAUUAAAAUAUAUGUUGUUAUAAAAUAAAGAAAAUUAAAUAGUU